AGCGAUUUGGCGCUAGAGUGUCUCCGGUCUACUGUACGCUCUCAGCCAGCUGCCCGACGGAGGCACUUUACUCCUUCAGGUUCGGCCUGGGAUUUAAAGACGGAACCCCAUGACUUGUGUUCACAAUCAUGUCUGAAGUGGAAAACAAGGUUUCCGAGGAACUUUUUAAAGAUGUAAAAUUCUACGUGGUCGGGGACAUAGACCAAAAGGUUGUGCAGCUGUUGAAGGCAGGAAAAGGGAAGGAGGUGUCCUACAAUGCUUUGGCCACUCACAUCAUUGCAGAGGACGGGGACAACCCCGAGGUGGGCGAGUCAAGAGAGGUUUUUGACCUGCCUGUUGUUAAACCCUCCUGGGUGAUCCUCUCAGUGAGAUGUGGAGACCUUUUACCAGUAACAGGAUUUUCCCCAGAAUCAGGACAAAUAUUUUUUGGUGUGACAGCUUGUCUUCCCAGGCUUCCAGAUGAUCUCAACACUUUGUGGGCUUACAUAACAUUUUAUGGUGGAGAUUGUCAGCUUAACCUCAACAAGAAGGUCACCCACUUAGUAGUGAAGGAACCAAAAGGAGCCAAGUUUGAGUGUGCCCUGAAACACCAUGGCAUUAAGAUUGUCACUCUGGACUGGAUAACGGAUUCUGUCAAAGACAAAAGCAGGAAAGAUGAAGCGCUUUAUCACCCAAGACUCGCGUAUGUGGAGCUUGAAGAGGAGGAGGAGAGCGAAGCAGGGUCAUAUGACCAGCGUUCUCACUCAGAUGGAAGCUACAGUCCCCGGCUGUCCAGCGGCGGCUCGUCAGGCGAAGAGUCCAGCCCCCGCAGACGGCCAGGACCCAAAAAGCUCAACUCUGUCUCUCCUCACUCUCCCCGCAAGCCUGAGCGCCGCAGCGAGCGCAUGUUCGACGACUCAGACGAUGACUCCUCUACAGAGAAAGAGGGCACCAACCUCAAUUGGACGCCGGCUGAGGUCGUCACGCCCAACCCUCCCAUUCCGACCGGCACAGCCAGACGGCGAGGUGGACCCCCCGGCACCAAAGAGCCGGUGUCAUCGGCAGGCAGUGUCCUGAUCAACCUGUGUGCCAUUGUGCCUCCGGUCCCUGGCAGUGGAGGAUCCCUCCCCCCGGAGGCUCGCCCUGCUGCUGCUGCCGUCAGUCACCCCCCUCAGCAAGUUCCAGAGGGCAUCCCCGGGUGGAGCCCAGCUGCCAGAACCCUCCGCAACAUCACCAACAACUCUGACAUGCCACCAGCCAAUCGACCGGCCAACGUAGCACAUAUCAUUCAGAAUAUGACAGUGAAUCAGACAAAGCCAUUGGAGCAGCAGACCAACCAGAGCCAAGCUGCGACCCCCAACAGUACCAACCCUCUCAUGUUCAACCAGUCCAAACUGACUGGCCAGUCACUCACAGCAGAGCAACAGUUAUUGCAACAGGCACAUCAGGUUUCCCAGCAACAGCAUCAACAGUCACCACAGCAACCGCAACAUCCCUUGAUGCAUCUCCAGCAGCAGCAGCAGCAGCAGCAGCAUCAGAUGAUGCAGCUACAUCAUCAACAACAACAGUCUCCAGUCGCACAACAACAAGGGUUUGCACCAUUGCCCCAACAGCAACAGUUUCUGCAACAACAACAACAACAACAGCAGCAAAGGCACCAACAGCAAAUGUUUUUGCAACAACAGCAUGCUUUCCCCCAGCAGCAGCUACGGCCCCAGCCGCUUCUUCGACCUGGUUUACAACAGUUGCAGCAGCAACAAGCGCUGCAACAACAGCUCCAGCAAUUCCAACAGCAACAACGCAUGCAGAUGUUGCAGCAGCAGCAGCAGCAGCAGCAGCAGAAUCAACAGCAGUUGCACCAACAACAUCUACAACAACAGCAGCAGCAGCAGCAAUUCCUGCAGCAGCAGCAGCAGCAACACAUGCAGCAGAUGCAGCAGCAGCACCUCAUGCAGAAUCAGCAGCAGCAGCAGGUUCUGCAGCAUCAGAACCAGCAGGUCCUGCAGCAGCAGCCAACUACGCUGCAGCCUCAGCUCCAGCAACCUCCUUAUGUCUCACAGCUGUUUGGACAUGAGCCAGGACAAGAAAUUCCACAGGAUGGCUUCCUGCUCGGCUGUGUCUUUGCUAUUGCUGACUACCCAGAACAGAUGGCGGACAAACAACUCCUGGCUACAUGGAAGAGGGUCAUCCAGGCAUGUGGAGGGAUUGUUGACCCCACCCUGACCAGCCGUUGUACACACCUUCUCUGUGAGAGUCAAGUCAGCACUAUGUAUGUACAGGCACUCCGAGAGGGAAAGCGCUGUGUUACAGCCCACUGGCUCAACACAAUACUGAAGAGGAGGAGGAUGGUUCCUCCUCAUCGGACCUUACAUCUACCCUUCGCCUUCCCUCUUGGAGCCAAACCCUGCUCUCAACACAUCAUAUCAGUGACCGGUUUUGUGGACGCUGACCGGGAUGACCUGAAGUUGAUGGCCUACCUGGCUGGUGCCAGAUACACCGGAUAUCUGUGUCGCAGCAACACCGUCCUCAUCUGUAAAGAACCCAGUGGGCUCAAAUAUGAGAAGGCCAAGGAGUGGAAGAUUCCAUGUGUGAAUGCCCAGUGGCUGUGUGAUGUACUGCUGGGGAACUUUGAAGCGCUGAGACAGAUUCAGCACAGCAGAUACUCAAACUACACCCACCUUGAACCUCUGGUGCCUAACUCACAGCUGGUCCAAAACCUGCUGGCUGCUUGGAGAUCACCCAUCAAAGUGUCUUCUGAAGCCUUGGCGAGUCUGCAGCUGCUCCAGAAGAAGAAGAUAACCGACUCCACUAACCAGCCUGCAAACAAGAAGGCCAGACUGGAGGAGAUCCAGUCCCCCAAUAAGAAGCUUCCUCCAGAGUCCACUCCCAGAAUCAUGUUCACAGGCUUUGAGCCCGCACAAGUACAGCAGUACACAAAGAGGUUACACGCUUUAGGGGGAGAAAUAGCAGACAGCAGUCACAAAGUCACCCACCUGGUGGCUAGUAAGGUGACUCGCACCAUUAAGUUCCUCACUACCAUGUCUGUGGUCAAACACAUCGUCAGCCCAGAGUGGCUGGAGGAGAGCUGGAGGGGCCAGAAGUUUGUGGAUGAGCAGGCCUUCGCUCUGAGGGAUGCAGAAGCAGAAGGGUUGUUUAGCUUCAGCUUGGAGGAGUCACUAAAGAGGGCCCACAGUGCACCACUCUUCAAGGGGAAGUACUUCUUUCUUACCCCGGGGAUCUGCCCCAGCCUCAGCACCAUGAAGCCCAUCCUGGAGAGUGCUGGAGGGAAGCUGCUGGCCAAACAGCCCUCCUACAGGAAGAUCAUGGAGCAUAAACAGAACAAGAAUCUUCCAGAGAUCAUCCUAAUUUCCUGUGACAAUGACCUCCACCUUUGUAGAGAAUACUUCUUGAAAAACAUUGAUGUCCACAACGCUGAGUUCAUCCUGACGGGGGUUCUCACCCAGAAACUCGACUACGACUCGUAUAAAUUCACUUGAUAGUGAAAUGAUGAUGAUGAUGAUGAAGAGGAGAAACCCAUCAGGAAGCCACCUGUGUACAGGUGCAGCCACACUGACUUUUCUAUGUUUUUAUUUCAGUGCAUAGAUCUCUAGUCAUUUUGUAAUUUUUGGUUACCUGUUUCAGAAUAAAUAAAUGGAUGUUAUUUUUCUGAUAUGAAUGUAUAAAUUAUGGAGGAUUUUAACUUUUGUUGUUGUUGGAAUAGAAUGUGUAAAGGCUCGUACACACUGCUUUUUGGAAUAAAAACUAUGUUUGGGGAA